GGCAAAUGGGUGUUGUAAUAGUUCAGGUGGAUGCUAUAAUAGUUUUGAAAAGGCUGGGUAGGUGUUGUAAUGGUUUUGAAAAGGGAGGUGGAUGUUGUAAUGGUUUUGAAAAGGGAGAACAAACUAAUAGUAUUGAAAAUGCAUCAAUUCAUUAUCAAGAAAGUAGCUGUUCUAUUAACUCAUUAUUGAAUUUAGAACAUGCUAACAUUUCUACUUUACUUAUUGAAUUUACUGAAUCCAUGUUUACUGAAUUCAUUGAACCUACUAAAUUUACAUUUACUGAAUCCACUAAACCCAUAUUUACUAAAUCCACUGAACCCACAUUUACUAAAUUCACUAAAUUAACCAAACUUAUUGAAUUUAUUAAAUCUAUAGAAUCUAAUGGUAUGUUUGUUAAAUUCACUAAACUUACCACCUCUUUUAUAUUAGUUAAAUAUACUGAAUCUAUUGCUUUUGUAGAUUCUAUAGAUUUUACUUCUGCACCUAUUGAGUCAAUUGAAUAUGCUGAGGCAUCCAAGUCUACUAAAUCUAAAACAACCAAAUCAAAACAAUAUCUAAAAAAACACAUAUAA